AUGUCAAAAGUAUCUUUCAAGGAUAGAAAUUCACUCAUCUCACCUGAUACUCCCAUACAUACAGCGCGUGUGACUAGCACUACCACCGCUUCCACAGCUGACACUGAAGAUACCACUCCGACCGACAGCGAAAGUCAGAGUGAAAGUGAACGAGAGACGGGAACGGAGCCGGACUCUGCUUUCCCCACUUCUGCACCUGUCACCGCUGAAUCGAAUAUAGCCAAGCCAAAAGCCAAGUACAAGAAGGAAGACAACGAGUUAGAUAGUGCUACGGAUAUAUCGACCUCGCAAACAAACUCGUCUCUAGGAGAAAGUGAUAGUGGACGAGACUCGACUGAUCGAGGUACGACCAGUGGAUUAGAGGGAUCUUCGAUUUCAACGGGUACGGACGAGUCUGAGGUAGACAGACCCAAUCCAUCAGAGAACGAAAGGAACUCUCAAGGACCGAGUAAAAUCAAGGGCGGCACAUCUCACAAUAAAAGUAAAAGGGAACACCAAUCUUCAAUUGUCUCGUUGUCGAAGAACAAGAAAUCAUCAAUUAGGAAUUUGAGGGGCAAAUCUCUCAGAGAAGGUGCCGGCAACAACACAAGGGCUGGGACAGAAGCUGUCGAAAGAAGAAACAGAUCGACAAGGAAAGAGUUUGGCUCAGAACACGUCGAAGAAGAGGACGGAGAGGAGGAUUACUCUGACAGUGAAAGCGAAGAAGAGGAUUUAUCCAGCGCGGAUGAGGAGGAACAGACCAAGCCACCUAACCAAGCUAGACAACGGAGUCAGAGGACCUGGAAACACGAAAUGAUCCGCUUAAUUUCCUUAUAUCUCGUACCGGUCUUAUUGGCCAUACCUACCUCUCUCCUCCUCUCACUCAAUAUUCAGCUCCUCACACCUCUCUACAACUCUAUGCCCCUCUCCCGGCACACCAUAACAAUCCAUGUUGGAUAUACGAUCCUGUCAGCCUUGAUAUACUGGUAUAUCACACUAUCAAGCUCUGCAAGAGAAUUCAUAUCUGCAAGGGUAUGCCUUGGGUUGGCUGCACUAAGUGGGGAUAUAAUAGCAGUCUAUGGUAGAAAGGUCGGCAUGUGGUUGGGUCUCUCAUUAGGACCCGAGUAUGGUGCAGUAGCUUCUAGAGCUGUAUUGGGUGUGGGUAUUGUAGGAGGUGCUUCGGGUUUUGCUUUAUUGUGUUUCGACCAUAUAUCCCCUAUACUACCCGCAAGCAAGUCUACAGAUCGACCCAGAAAUUUAGGUUCGGUUCUUUAUAGACAUGGGUUUUACGCAUUUCAUAUCUUCACUUUUGAGCGGAUAUGGACGAGUUAUCUAAACAGCAACGUCUCCAUCCUGGAUAAAGACCCAGAGAAAACCAUCUUAUUCCUCUCAUUACUCUUGACUACGUUUUCCCUAUUCCUAAGAUCUAGUACAUCUUCCACCCCAUUCCCUACUCGAGUCAACAUAGUUCUUGCGAAAACACUCAAAACAUCCGAAUCAACCUCUUCGAAAAUCACUAAAAUCUUACCCCGUCAGGCAUUCCCUCUUUUACUUCUGGUUCGAAUACCACUCUUAAUCCUUGCACUACGACAACAAGUGUUUCUUCGUCCUUCCCUCAACGAACCUUAUCUGACGGCCAAUGGAACAUUGAGAUUGAUAAGUUCGGAGAGAAGUUUGACAGGACAGGUCGUAGUGGCUGAAAAUCUAAAAGAUGGAUAUAGGUUUUUGAGAUGUGAUCAUUCGAUUUUAGGUGGUAGAUGGAUAAGGGAAGUUGAUGAUCGACAGGCUAAAGGGGGUAAAAGGACUGAACAGGGUGAUUCCAUUUUCGCCACAUUCAAUCUACAGGAGAUUGCCGUCCUGGCUCAUCGAUCUGAAUCCUCGGAGUCACUCAUCAGGACUUUACAGCUUACCACUGACUUGCAAGUCAGUUUGGAAGGUGAAGAUGAAGAAGAGAAAUUGCCAGAGAGAGCUUUGAUUAUUGGUCUUGGUGUAGGAAUAGCCGCUUCUGCAUUUUCCAGAAGAGGGUUAUACGUGGAUAUCGUCGAAAUCGACCCAUCAGUCUACCUGGCGGCUCAGAAUCAUUUCCAACUCUACACUGCUAACGUCGCAUCGACCAAUAUCAUGGACGGAUCGAGGUUCGUCUCUCAACUAGCAGAUAUGAAGAGAGCACAAUCUUCGCAGAUCGACGAAGAUGAGGAUUCGCAGGUGGUCGUGCCGAUGUGGGAUUAUGUCAUACAGGAUUGUUUCACAGGGGGCAGUGUCCCUGGUGAGAUGUUUACAGAGGAAUUCUGGCAAGAUCUAGGCGAGUUGGUGAAAAGUGAUGGGAUUGUGGCUAUGAAUUUUGCCGGUGUAAUUGGAAGUAAAGCAUCAAGGGCUGUUUUAGUGACUUUGACGUCGGUGUUUUCGCAAUGUAGAGCUUUCGGCGAUGGGUUUGAAGUGAACCAAGGUCCGGAUGAUCUGGUCAAUAUGGUGGUAUUCUGUACGAAAACAUAUUCUCCUUUAUUGACUUUCCGUCCGCCAACACCGUUUGACGGUCUCCGAUCGCCCCUUCGAGCUCAUGUAUACUCCACAUUCCAUCCUCAUGAGAUCCAGCUGGAUAGUAUAAUAUCAGAAGAAGAUAUUGAAAAUCCAGAAUUGCAUCUUUCCAGAGGCCAAGCUGGAAAGGAAUUGAAUAAGUGGCAAGUCGGAAGUAGUCUUGCUACUUGGAGAGCAAUGAAGACUAUUUUAACACCAGAAAUGUGGUUGGCUUAUUGA